AUGUCCGAUCAAAGCCAACCCUCAGCUCAAGAGCAAUCCUCAUCCUCCUCAUCCUCCUCCAUGUACGAAACCGGCCUGUCAACCCGAAAAGCCGUCCUGGGGUCCACGCACGUGAGCCGCUCCCUCGCAAAUACCAAUGCAUUCACGCUGCCCAUGCAAGAGACUAUAACCGAGUUCGCCUGGGGCUCGAUUUGGAACCGUCCCGGACUGGAUCGGAGACAGCGGAGCCUAAUGAAUAUCGGGAUUCUGAUUGCACUGAACAGGCAGCUCGAGCUGGGGGUUCAUGUGCGCGGGGCUGUGAGGAAUGGGCUUUCGGAGCUGGAGAUUCGAGAGGCGGUGAUGCACAGUCUGGUUUAUUGUGGUGCGCCGGCGGCGAUGGAGGGGAUGAGGACUGUUGAUAAGACGCUUGAGGAGAUGGAGCGGGAGGGGGAGAUCAAGAGGGAAUUGAAGUGA